AUGUCAAAAACGUUGCACGAUGAUAUUGCAACCAUAGAGGAUCAAUUAUACAAUCUCCGUUUCACAGAUGAAUUAUCCGUAGUGUCGACACUGGUCAAAUUACAGAACAAUUUAUCACGUGUUGUGGACGCGUCCGCGAAGAGCGAGCUUCAGUGUCGUCUGCUGCGAUCAAAUGUUCCGCAACUGAUUUGUGCCACACUUAAGCAAGAUUUUUCUACCGUUCCGGAUGGAUGGAAUCAAGCACUGGUCAUGUGCGGAUUGUUGGCUUCCAUUCUUCAAGUGAGUGUCGAACACGAACGUGUAAAAAAUGCGUGCACUCCGGACGAUCUGUUCACAGAAUCUGUCAGUUGUAUGCUGAUUCUUCUCCGACGGUUGCAAAAACAAUUGUUAAAGAUGAAACGAAUAACCUCGGAAGAGUCGAAUGCCAGUACGGAUCAAAUGUAUCAUUUGAUCGAACAAAUUAUCAAUUACUUGUAUGAAAUCAUGCAUUUGACACCACAAGUGGCCUUUUGUCUGUUGGUGAUUCUCGGCUGUGAAACGCAAUUGCGCUCGCUAAUUCUCAAACGAUAUCGAGGCAUUCAACUACUAGUCGCUCGAUGGAUUGCCCAAACUUGUGACUCAAAUUACAGUUCCGCGGACGUGGUCGAUUCGCCAACAAAAAAGAUGCUUCUUUCGUUAAAAAAGUUCCUCGGUGAAUUUCACAGUACCACAGCACCGGAACAAUCGGUACGACGGGGUCUGAUCCAACUGAAUACCGAACAGGCUGCCACGGUGAUCCAAUCGCAUUGGAGAGGUUUCGCAGUGCGUAGAACACUGCGAAACAUGAACCGUGCUCUAUCCAGUUUCCAAAAUCGACAACAGACCGUGGCGGCAGUUCGAAUCCAGGCCGCGUAUCGAGGCUAUCAGGCUCGAUCCCGACUGGCCGAUCAACGUGCACUGGCAACCAGACACAGAGCUGCUCGUGUGAUUCAGAACUGGUAUCGGGGUCAUGUGUCACGAAGAGAAUGCCUACGGAAUGUCACACAUGUGGCUGCCACCCCUGUGGACAUGGGAUCGAAACAAGACGAUGCGAAGGAAUUGCAUCAGACGACAAUCGAGAGACAUCGAGGCUGGUGUGAAACGCAUCCGAGCGUGCCGAUGAGUCGUGAAAAGCUCGAAGAACUGCAUAAAACGACUCAACUGCGUCUGCGUGCGUUCCAAUUCAACCGACUGAAGGCACAACAACAGAGUGAAACUCGACGGGCCAAUCUGGCUCGAAUCGCUCUGGACGCGGACCUACUCUUUGGGGAACCAAGUGGGUCGGAUCCGGGCACCCCGGACGAAAUGACACGACUUGCCCGGGCAGUGGAGCGCAGAUGUUCAUCGGCAGGCGGACUGGAUGUGGACCCAUUCCGAUGUCGUAUACAACCGAUAGCAAAACUGGCUCAGGAGGAGCAUCGUCAAUCUGUGGCCCGGUUAGGCAAACCAUGGUGGACUGUGCUAAUGCGUGAGUGGAAUAAAAAAUCCACUCAGUGGUUAUUGGCGAACGAGGCCCGGGCUGAUCGGGAGGAUCCGACAGCGUCGGAUGCGAGCUGCAACUGGCAUCCGGAUGAUCUGUUCGAUACCAGUCAGGACACGUGUGUGGUCAGCGAGUACGAGCGUGCAUUUUGUGCGUUUGGUGAGGACAACGAGCAGACAGACAAUCAGUCGCCCAGGGUAUGUAUUGCCUGA